AUGCGACAGUCCGCAUCCCCCGUACCUCUCAUGCAGCUGCCGUCGCGUUUCGCCGGCAAUAUAGGCGCCAGCAGCGGUCCCCGCGCGAGCGGGCCAGUCAAGCCGCGUCUCCUCGUGCCGUCGCCUGCCGCUAUCGCCUCCGCCAUCGUCGCAAACGCUGCUGCGCCAUGCAGUGCCCGCAAAGCCGAGCUCCUCACCCUGCCUUCCGCUUCCCCAGCUGCUCCCGCGCCCGCGUCCGCUUGCUUCCCCCCUUCUGCCGCUCCCCCCACCCUCUUGACCUGCCCAAUCGUCCUUCCUCGCAUCUGCACUAACGGCGGACCGGCGCCGAUCCGCGACACAGAUGCCGGCGCACGAGCGGCCUGCGCGGCGUUCGAUCCCCUAGUGGAGUGCGAGGAGAGUCUCGAUAGCUUAUCAGAUCCGUCGAAUCUGACCUCCCCCACCGCCACUAGCGCGUGCAGCAGGGGCGGCUGCGACGCCGAGGAGAGCGGCGCGAAGGACGCGAUGUCGUCCGUUGCCCUGCCACGUGGCAGCAGCAGCGGCAGCGGGGGGCGGUGGGGCCGCAACCGGUCCGUCACAAGCAAGCAAACGGCGGCCGGCAGGAGACGGCAGGUUAACUGCAAAUCAUCCGGCGCCGUCAAGGUUAACGGAGGCGCGAGCGCGGGCGCGGUUGGGACGGACGGAACGGGGGCGUGCGUGGUAACGACAUCAGGGCAACGCCCGCUUCACACGCUGCACCCGGCGCCUGCUCCCCCCGCGACUGCUGCCGCUCGCCUCCUCCUUCACUCCGCCUCCGCCCGCUCCACCAGCGCCAAUCCCGCCGCCGCCGCCGCCGCCGCGGCAGCCAUUGCUGCGGCUGCGGGUUUCGCGUUUGCUCCGCAGGAGCGCGGCGCUGCAGGUGCAGAUGGGGGAGUAGAAGCAGCGGCGCAGAUGGCCGUUGCGCAACAGGGGCAAUGGUGCGGAAACGGCGGAAACAACAGCGCGACGCAGCUCAUGGUUCUCCCGCGAAUGGGCGUUUCGCCGCAACAACCGCUGCUCUCCCUCUCCCUGCCGCCGCCGACCGCGCGGAAUCAGGGCUUCAUGUGGCAGGCUCCACGACCGAUGUAUGCGGAGGCGGCUCUUGCGGCGCCAGACGCGGCGUGGAACGCGGUUGGAGAAGCGGCAAUCGCCUCCAAUCGCAUGGAAGCGCUCCCAGACACGCAGCUGACUCUCGGGCGCUCCCCGCCCCCUCCCGUGCCGGCCGCUGGCGCCGCUGCGCACGUGCUGGUUGGCUCCGGUGACUUCUCCGAACCUCCUCGUGCCCAGCCUCACGCGCUGGUCGGGCCGAGCCUCGCGCCGGAGCAGUCAGCCUCGGUGUCGUCGUCCGCGUCGACGACGGUGGUGACUCGCACAGAGUCGCAGGGUUGGAGCGACGAGACGGGCGACGACGACGACGAGGAGGAGUGGGGGGAGGGCGACGGGGAGGAGGCGGAGAGCGAGCAGUGCGGGGGAGACGACGGGCGCGGGGAUGGGGGCGUGAUGGGGGAGCAUGCGGAGGCGGAAGGGGAACCCGAUGGCGCUCACGCGCUCGUGUCCGCCGCAACCCCCGCGUCUGUUACUGCUCACCCUGCUUUGCUCGCCGCCAACACCUCCGGCGCGCUGUGGGCGAACGGUGCAUUUCACCGCCUUGUGGGGCUCUCCUGCUGCUCCUGGCUGCUCUCCCUCGGUGCCGCCUCGCUCCCCACUGUCACUCUUGAUGGGAGCACGGUGGGCUUGGGGGUGGAAGGAGUGAUGGGGGGUUGCCCUGCUGUGGUUGAAGGGGGGGUGCGGGUGCGGUGGCAGGGGCGGGAAGGGGGGCGAAGUGGGGAGAAUGGGGAGGGGGAGGCCACGGGUGUGGCUGUGGGGAGGAGGGUGGAGGAUUGUGAAGGGGUGGUUAUUGGGUACCUUUGGCAGUUGAAGCUGGGAGGGGAGGGUGAAUAUGAGGCGAUGAGAGUUGGUGCGAAUGUGACUGCAGCAUGUGUGGGUGGAGGGAAGGGAGAGGAGGGGAAGGGGAGGGAGGAGGGCGCUGAGGACGAGGAUGCAAUGGCAGCAGAGUCGCUGCUGCUCUUCACUGGAGGCAUCGUGGCGUGA